UCGUGCUAAUCAAAACAUUCAUUCAAACUGUUUCGCGUUGAUUGUGAAUCGUGUUUUGCAAAGAUGUUUACAAGCAAACCCAUGGACUCUCCCAUCGCUAAAGCCGUACUGGCCCCAAUGCAUGGACCAACGAUCGAGAUUCAUCUCAACGACCAUAGCGAGCUGCCAGCGGUUGUGACUCGUUCGCGCAAACCAACACAUUGCGUCCUCACACCGCAAUACAUGCAAUCGGCUGAGCGAAUUCGCGAUCUGACCGUUUACGAGGAUGAUGUGUGGAUAUUGAGCUACCCCAAGUGUGGCACAACCUGGACACAGGAGAUGGUCUGGUUGGUGAGUCACGAUUUGGACUAUGCUACGGCUUCCGAAGUAAAUCUCCUCGAACGAUCCAUCUUUCUUGAAUUCUCAGCUUUUAUGCUGAACUUUCCCGGAGAUACGAUCAAGCAGGUGGAAGAGGCACCACGUCCGCGUCACAUUCAGUGUCACUUGCCGCUGGCAUUACUCCCCAAGCAAAUCUGGACGAUCCGCCCACGUCUGAUCUACUGUGCGCGCAAUCCAAAGGAUGCGACGGUCAGCUUCUACCAUCACUAUCGUCACCUCCACGGCUAUCAAGGAUCGAUGGAGGACUUCCUGGAGGCAAUAUUGGCCGAUCAGGUCCUGUUUGGACCACAGAUCCCGCACACACUGGACUUUUGGACCGUUCGUCACGAGAUGAACAUUCUUUUCAUUCACUUUGAAGACAUGAAGAUGGACAUGAAAUCAGUCCUGAGAAGAGUGUGUAAAUAUUUUGGAAAAUCAUACAGUGACGACCAGCUUUCCGAGCUAGAGCGACACCUUUCCUUCGAUGUUAUGAAAAAUAACAAAUCAGCCAACAACUCGUGCGUUUUGGAGUUGGUGGAAGGAUUGUCGGGAAAAAAGGUAGAAGACUUCCAAUUCAUGCGCAAAGGAAAAAUUGGUUCCCAUCACGACGAAUUGUCCCCACAGUACGUGAGCCGAUUGAAUCAAUACAUUGAAACGCACCUUGCCGGCAGUGAUUUCCGAUUCAAGGAAUAAAAUAGAACCAAAAAACGGAUUCUAUUGAAU